UUUAUGGAAUAAAAACAAAUUGAAAGCUGUGUUUUAAAUAAUUCAUUAAGUUAUUCAUUUUAAGAACACGUAAAUGCAAUAAUAAAUGUGAGUAACAGAUAAGUUCAUUAGAAUAACAUCUUUAUCUCGUAUAUUUAUUUUCCUUAUAAAUCUUACUUUUUUUAUAUUAUUACUAUUGUAAUAUAGUAUAACAUAAAAUAAUAAAAGCACCAUGGAUAAUGAAAAACCAGGUGUAUCUCGUGUAAAUACUGAAGAAAUGGAUGUGGAAAAAGACUUGACAAAUAAAUUUUUAAGUGGUGAAAUGUCAUUCGCGGAAUACUCAAGUGAAUGGUGCGAUGGGGAGGACGAAGAAGAUUCUGAAGAGCUUAAAAGAAAUGAUGAAGAUGUGGCGCAAUCCGUUCAAUUAAUAGAAAAAAGUAACUUUAGAAGACGAAGGCGUACACGCCUGUAUCCAGCUUUAAUGGGUUUGAUGGGUGAAGCAAAUUUAAGGUUUGCGCGGGGAGAUAUUGAAAUGGCAGAACGUAUGUGCCAUGAAAUUAUAAAACAAUUACCAACAGCUGCAGAACCAUACCAAACAUUGGCACAGAUAUAUGAAAAUGAUAUAGAAAAGUCAUUACAGUUUUCAUUAUUAGGUGCUCAUUUAAGUAAUUCAGAUGCAGAACAUUGGUGGAGACUUGCUGGAUUAUGUAAACAGAUAAAUGAUGUAAAACAAGAAAUGAUUUGUUACUCUCAAGCGGUGAAAUCUGAACCACAUAAUUUAGAGACACAUAUGAAGAGGCUUGAAUAUUUGACAAAAUUAGAAGAAAAUAAAUAUCCUGUUAAUACUUUAAAUAUUACACGAGUUAAAUGUUAUCACAAAAUAGUUGUAUCCUUACCACCAAGUGAAGGUGAAAUAAUAAUGAAAUAUGCCAAAAUGGCUGCUACAAUGUAUCAUAAUACAUCAGAGACUGAAAAAGCAGUUGAAGUUAUGGCUGCGGCUUAUAAAAAAUGUCCAUCACUAUUUACUUUAGAAGAUAUAAAUAUGUUACUGGAAUUAUUUAUCUUACAAAAGCAGUACCAAUCAUGUAUAGACAUUUUUGUUUCAAAUAUAGGUGUUGAAAUUGAAGCAGAGAUACAAACAGUUAAAAAUAGUAAUAAUGAAAUAGAAGAACACACUAACUACAUAAAUUGUGUUAUACCUGACAAUAUGGCUGUAGAUUUAAAAAGUAAAUUGUUAGUUUGCUUCAUUCACUUGGGUGCUUUCACUCUAGUACAAAAUUUACUGAAUGAUUUCUUGAGCAGCGAUGUUGAAAAGGCUGGAGACCUUUAUAUGGAUAUAGAAGAAGCAUUUUCAUCAGUGGGUCAUUAUGAGAUGGCUAUAAAGUUAUUAGAGCCUCUAGUAACAAAUACAAAUUUUGAUUUAGGAGCUGUUUGGCUUAAAUAUGCAGAGUGCUUACAAAAACUUGGUAGAGAGGACGAUGCUAUACAGGCAUACUAUAAAGUAUUGAAACAUGUGCCACAACAUCCAGAUGCAUGUAGAAAAUUAUUCACUAUUUUAAAAAUGAGAGGAGAUAUUGGAGAAGCAUUAAAAAUUUUACAACAAGAUUAUAAGUAUGUUGUCAGUGCAAGUUUAUUAUAUGAACAAUGUCAGAUAUUAAAAAAUCAAAAUAAUUUAUUAAAGUAUCUAGAAGAAGCUACGUUCUUUCCGAUUCUGAGGCUUUUGCUUCCACAAUGUGAACGAGACAGAAAUCCAUAUAAUUUAAAGGAAAAAAAACUGGGAAAUCUACUUGUAAAAGUAUUGUCACUUAAUCCAAAAUCGUUGGACGCUCAGAAAAUAAUUAAUUUUAGCUCGGUGCAUACUUCUACCCAAGAGAGCGAUUUUGCAAGUGUAGCAUAUUUUGUUUUGAAAAAUAGAUUUGUUCAAAUGUCAUCAAUUUUAACAAUAGCCGAUAUUAACGAAAUGCUCGAUAAUAUUGCAAAGGCUGAUGUCGAAAAUAAAGGAAUAAUAUUAGAUGAAGUAUUUAGUUAUGCGAUAAGAAAGUUAACAGCUCAAGAAUUUAAAUGGUUUUUGAGAAUUAUACUGAAGAAUUUGAAACUGGAAAUGAGCGAGAAUCGAAUACUUGGAACGUUUCACCCACACGCAACAGAACUUUACCAAAGUUGUAGCAGUCUGUAUGAGGUGUGUGAAAACCUAAAGGACAGUGAUAUCAAUUCUGGAACCGAGAGUUCUGAUGAAGCGGUUGUGAAAUUAUUCUUCGCCGUGAAGCCAAUGCUAUCUGAACGACUCGACGUAACCAAUAUCCAUCAGCUACCUAUGAAUGUAACAUAUCAUAUAGAAGAUAAAUUUGACGGCGAGAGGUUUCAGAUGCAUAUGGAAAAUGAUAUAUUUGAAUAUUUUUCGAGAAACGGAUACAAGUAUGCGAAAAAAUACGGUAGAACUUAUGAGUCUGGCUCAUUGACACCAGAUUUAAAGGAUUGCUUUUCGAAGGAUGCUCAUAGCUUUAUCAUUGACGGUGAAAUGAUGGGUUGGCACAAAAUGGAUCAGUGUUUUGGUUGCAAAGCAUUGUCAUAUGACAUUAAAACGAUUACUGAAAAUUCAUCGUAUCGCCCUUGUUACUGCGUGUUUGACAUUAUAUACUACAACGGAAAAUCGCUUAUUGGCGCCCCAGAAAAAGGCGGUUUGCCAUUGAAAGAGAGGCUCAAGAUUUUAGACACGUUAUUCACCGAUGUACCGGGCGUUAUACAACAUAGCAAACGAGCUAUUGUCAAAGAUAGUACAGACGUCUUGAACGCUUUGAACGCGGCUAUCGACAAUCAGGACGAAGGCAUUGUUGUGAAAGAUGUGAACUCAUAUUACAAGUCGAACAAACGAAAUGAGGGCUGGUACAAAAUUAAACCGGAGUACACCGAUGACACUAUGGUGGACUUAGACUUGGUGGUAAUUGGCGCAGACGAAGCUGAAAAUAAACGACAAGGUCGCGCUAAAAGUUUUCACGUUGCGUGUAUUGACGUUAAACCUGGCGGCGCGGCGCGCUGGGUGUGCGUGGGGCGCGUGGCGGGCGGGCUGGCGCGCGCCGACCGCGAGCGCGUGUGCGCGGCGCUGCAGACGCGCUGGCGCGCCGCGCGCACCGCGCCGCCGCCGCGCUGCCUCCACUUCAACAGAGAGACGCCGGACUUCUGGGUACUGCCAGAGCAUUCCGUCGUCUUUCAGGUGCGAGCCACGGAGCUGAUCCGCAGCUCGUGUUUCGGCGCGUCCUACACGCUGCGGUUCCCGCGCGUCAUGCGCGUUCGCACAGACAAGCCGGUCAGCGACGUUAUGACGCUGCAAGAGUUCGAUCGGCUGGUAUCCACGAGGAGCCCGGUGAUUAAACUGAGCAGAAAACGCGUUAACGAGACGCAGCUGAACCAAAUGCAACCGGUGACGCUCCGCAAGCGGGUGGCGAAUUUGCCACAGGUGUCUGAAAGGUUCCGUACGAAAACGACAGGCGAUGUGCAAGUUAUAUCUAAGGCACUACUGGAUAGAAAGCUCUGCGUCAUUUCCGAUGAAGAGGAUUGCAAGAAAGCGGAAUUAGUACGAGUUAUUGAGUCACAUGGUGGAAAACAUGUCGAAAAUCCAGGUCCAGACACGUGGUGUUGCGUAGUUGGAAGAAUGACACCGUUGGCGAAGAAACGAAUAGAAAUUCAGGUACUAGAUAUUGUAACUUCUUCUUGGCUCCGUUCGCUUCCUGCAUCAGAAACACUAUGCUCUUUAUCUCCUUUAAACAUGCUAUCUAUGAAGAGAGACACCAGGCGGCAGUUGAGCUUAGAUUAUGAUUCAUUUGGAGAUAGUUUUAAAGACGAGAUAGAUGAAAUUGUUUUGAAGAAAUGUUUGCAAAACAUGGACCAAUCAAUAUAUCCAACAUUAAAAGAGAAAUUGAAACUGGAUGAGCAGUUAUUUGGUGAUAAUAAUCCGUUCUCUUUCCUUAGAAGUUGCACUUUACACAUUAUAGGGAACCCCUUACAUGGGCUAUUAGCGAAAAUGUAUGGAGCUGCUGUCAGCAAUGAUUAUACUUCUUUAACACACUUUGUCAUACCACGUGAUACGUCGUCAGAAAACAUACAAAAUUUCAAGAAUGACAUAAAAAACGUCAAAAUUGUGUGCAACGAUUGGUUAGAAACAUGCUUCCAACAUAAAAGACUUAUUAAUGACUUGGAUUUUAUAAUGUAAACACCGUAAAUCGAUGUAUUUCGCAUGAUAAGGUGAGAACGUUAAGUCGUUGGUCCUGAGCUGGAGCUCUCAAGUUAUGACAUGAAAGUGAGGGAAUAGAGAGUGCAACACACUGUGUACUGUAAUAUCGUUUGCGCAUGCGCAGUGGGGUAGUCUCAUUGAGAAUGGCCGCCGUGACUUAUAAUGAUAAGUCAUUAUGACAUAAUAUUUUUACAAUUAUAUUUUACGACAUUUGCUUUCAUUUUAUAUCAAUUUAUUAUUAAAA